UUGUCAUCUUUAUAAUUUACCUAUUUAAGAGCUUGAUCUUGUUGAGGGGAGCCACCAAUGUGUUUAGUGCAAAAAACCUUUCAAACUUCCUUUUACUCAAUUCUCUUCCUCAGUAUCUAUAUUUCUUAAAGAUCAUGGCCUCUAUGGUAGCUGAUAAUUGGGAAUCCAUUGUUUGUUACGAUGAUUUCAUCAACAAUGAAAGUUCAUAUAUUGAUCAGAACAUUCUCAUGUCUCUACUCGAUGAAUCACAUAACGAAGAUUGUGAUGAUGAAAGAUUAACAAAUGUGAUCAGAUCUCUAGAGGCUGAAAUCGCGCCCAACAAUACAGAUUGUUAUUUAUCUAAUAAUCUCAAAUUGGAGAGUGAUCCAAUAGAGUGCCAAUCAUCAAGUGAUGAGUCAACAAAUGAGCAAAAUUUCUCAAAAUUGCAUGAUCUCGACUUCCAAUGGAUGGAUUUGGAGAUGGUCCCUUCUUCACCUACUAGUGGCAUGGCAAGUUGGUACAUGGGUUCCUAUGAACAAGAGAUGGAUGCAAUGACAGAAUUUGAUGGGCUAAAAUUUUAUUCACAGAUUAGUUAUGAAACUCCAUUAAUGGAAGAGCAUGAUUUUGGCCUUUUAUGGCAAGAAACAAAUGACUCACAGAUGAAAAAUUGAAAGUUAUGUACAUAAUUUAUUAUGGAUUAGAGUGAUCCAGUUACCAAUAAUUUAAUUUUCAAAUUUCUCUACUUUAUAAGUCCAAUAGAUGAUUUCUUAUGAGAGCAUCUGGCUUUGAUGAAAAAUGAAUCUAAUACGUUCGCGAA